CGGACGCGCCGACCGGACCGCAGCCCGCGCCCCGAGCGGACGGCGUCAUGAGGCACCUGCCGUACUUCUGCCGGGGCCAAGUGGUGCGGGGCUUCGGCCGCGGCUCCAAGCAGCUGGGUAUCCCCACAGCUAACUUUCCUGAACAAGUAGUAGAUAAUCUUCCAGCUGAUGUAUCCACUGGCAUUUAUUAUGGUUGGGCCAGUGUUGGAAGUGGAGAUGUCCAUAAGAUGGAGAUGAGCAUAGGAUGGAACCCAUACUACAAGAAUACGAAAAAGUCCAUGGAAACUCGUAUCAUACAUACCUUCAAGGAGGAUUUCUAUGGGGAAAUCCUCAAUGUGGCCAUUGUUGGCUACCUCAGACCAGAGAAGAACUUGGAUUCUUUAGAGUCACUUAUGUCAGCAAUUCAAGGUGAUAUCGAGGAAGCUAAGAAACGACUAGACUUACCAGAACAUUUGAAACUCAAAGAAGAUAAUUUCUUCCAAGUUCCUAAAAGCAAAAUAAUGAAUGGCCACUGAUGAAAAAACAUCUUAUUUAUUCAUUCACUGUUUUCUCGUAUUUCACUGUUCAUAACUUUGCCAUCUCAUCUUAGUUAUAUUUUAAAAAUCAAACA